AUGGACGAAGACGCCAAACUGAUCCAAGAACACUCCCCGGCACACCCAGGCUCGACGGAUAGCGACCAAGAAACCAACGAUUUCAAACCAUCAUGCCCCUUCUGUGUGAUAGCCAAGACGUACCCACCAGUGUCGCCAUUGUCAGCAGCAGGCUCAUCAGAUCUAGACUCGACCAAACUCGACCCUCCAUCAUUCGUGCUCUUCUCAAAUGCACACGUCAUAGCAUUUCUAGACAUCAUGCCUCUGACACGAGGCCAUGUUCUGGUCGCGCCACGCAAACAUCGCGUCAAAAUCGGGCAUCUGAGUAGCGACGAGAGCGCCGAGAUUGGCCGUGUCCUGCCCGUCAUCGUACGCUCGGUGCUCAAGUCGGUGCUGCCUGACAUUCCGCACGACGAGGUCGAUUACAAUGUCGUCCAGAAUAAUGGGCCUGGAGCCGCCCAGGUCGUCCCUCAUGUCCAUUUCCAUGUUAUUCCUCGCCCGCCGUUGAAUUACUCUUAUCCACCUCUGGCUCGAUCGGCCAAUGCUCCCUCCACUCCCAAGCAUGGAAAGUAUCCACCGAACGAAGUUCCUCCAGCAAGGGCACGUAAUGCCGUCAUCUUCGGGCGUGGCACCCGCGAAGACCUCGACGAGGAGGAAUCGGAGAUCCUGAUCGAGGAGAUUCGACAGAAUAUCAAGGACGAAUUUGACUCCCAAGCGGCAGCAUCUUCAUUGGAGAACUUAGAUCUUUCUUCGGAUCCGAAAAGUCGAAAAGGCGGCUGGAAGGUCUGA